AUGCCUCUUCAUCGCUUCUUUAUCCCUCCAAAUCUUUACUCGGACGAGGACAAGCAGACUUUGUCCAAAGUUAUCACGGACUUGUAUGCCAAAAUUGGCCUUCCUGAGUUCUACGUCGUAGUCCUCUUUAUUGAUAUUCCGAGACACGGUUAUUUCGUUGGUGGAAAGGCAACGGACAAUUUUGUUCGCAUAAUUGUCCACCAUCUUGCUAAACAAUUCGCAACUGAUGAAGACAAGACUAAAUUCAUGGACAGGUAUGAACAGACAAUAGCGCCAUUUACCAAAGGCCGCGGCGUUGAUUGGGAAGUUGAAGUAAUCGAUUCUGAUCCACAGUUAUGGAGGGAGAAUGGAAUCAUACCUCCUCAUGUGGUCCAUAACGCCGAGAUUGAGUUGCUUUGGGCCAAGGAGAAUAGGCCAAUCCCGUACUACUAA